UGCAUGUGGGCUGGCGGCGGCCUCGCUGCCCCCCUCGCGCCCCUGCGAAGACGGGGGGUGAAGGAGGAGGAAGGAGGAGAGGAGGCGGAGGAAACUGCAACGCCAGGAGGAGGAGGAGGAAGCGGCGGCGGAGGCGACCGACGAGAAGGGAGCCUGGCGGAGGCGGAGCCGGCGCUCGAGCCCGGCCGGCCUGCACUCCGCGCAGCACGGCCGCCGCCGCCGCUAUCGGCAGCAGCAGCAGCACCACCAGCACCAGCCUCUCCCGGAAAUGGGACUUUGAAGUUAAAUGAGACUGGAUAACGCACAUCAAUGAAGACGCUCCUGCAUUACAUGCUUUAGGGGCAGAACUUCAGAAGAGUCAAACUGCCAGAUUUGCUGUACUUUCAUAAUGAAGAAAAUUAGUCUCAAGACCAUUCGUAAGUCUUUUAAUUUAAAUAAGAGCAAAGAUGAAAGUGACUUCGUUGUAGUUGCACAGCCAUCGUUAAAUGAUUUUGGAAAAGAUGACUCCUUGUUUGGUAGCUGCUAUGGUAAAGAUUUGCCGAGUUGUGACAUCAACAGUGAAGAUGAGAAAGGUGGAAAAAACAGAUCGAAGAGUGAAAGCUUAAUGGGUACGUUAAAAAGGCGGCUUUCAGCAAAACAAAAGCAGAAAGGCGGCAAAGGUAGCACGCCAUCUGUUAGCUCUGCUGAUGAUGACACCUUCUCUUCUUCUUCUGCUCCAAUAACCUUCAAAGAUGUGAGAGCUCAGAGACCUCUUAGAUCUACAUCCCUCCGAAAUCACCAUUACAGCCCAACUCCGUGGCCGCUUCGUCCAACAAACUCAGAAGAAACAUGUAUAAAAAUGGAAGUGAAAGUAAAGGCCUUGGUCCACUCCUCAAAUCCAAGCCCUGCACUGAAUGGUGUUCGCAAAGAUUUCCAUGACUUGCAGUCCGACAGUGUGUUCCAGGAACAAAACAAUGCAUUGAAAAGUACAGAAUCUCAGAAUGGAGAUUUGCAUCUCCAUAUUGAUGAACAUGUGCCUGUAGUUAUUGGACUUAUGCCUCAGGACUACAUUCAGUAUACUGUGCCUUUAGAUGAGGGAAUGUAUCCUUUGGAAGGAUCACGUAGUUACUGUUUGGAUAGUUCCUCACCCAUGGAGGUUUCGACGGUUUCUUCUCAAAUGGGUGGCAGUGCAUUUCACGAAGAAGAGGGUCCAGUGAGUCAAGAUGUAGUAGUUACCCCAGAUAUCUUUGUUGACCAGGCAGUGAGUGGUUUAUUAAUUGGUACCACAGGAGUCAUGUUGCAAAGCUCUAGAGUCAAUCACAGUGAUGUUCCUCCGCUCUCUCCGUUGCUACCUCCAAUACAGAAUAAUCAAAUCCAAAGGAACUUUAAUGGCCUAAACGCCACAGAUGUCCAUGUGGCUGAAAGUAUGCGUUGCCAUUUGAAUUUUGAUCCUAACUCUGCACCUGGAGUUGGAAGAGUUUAUGAUUCUGUACAAAACAGUGGCCCUAUGGUUGUGACCAGCCUCACGGAAGAACUGAAAAAACUUGCAAAGCAAGGGUGGUACUGGGGCCCAAUUACACGAUGGGAAGCAGAAGGAAAAUUGGCCAAUGUUCCUGAUGGCUCGUUUCUUGUACGAGAUAGCUCUGAUGACCGCUAUCUUUUAAGUUUGAGUUUCCGUUCCCAUGGGAAAACUCUUCAUACAAGAAUUGAGCAUUCAAAUGGCAGAUUUAGCUUUUAUGAACAACCAGAUGUGGAGGGACAUACUUCUAUAGUUGAUCUCAUUGAACACUCCAUCAGGGACUCUGAAAAUGGAGCAUUUUGCUAUUCAAGGUCUCGAUUGCCUGGAUCUACAACUUACCCAGUCAGACUGACCAAUCCAGUAUCUCGUUUUAUGCAGGUGCGCUCGUUGCAGUAUCUGUGUCGCUUUGUUAUACGCCAGUAUACCAGAAUAGAUCUGAUUCAGAAACUGCCUUUGCCAAACAAAAUGAAGGAUUAUUUACAAGAAAAGCACUACUGAAGGCUUAUGGGAACCUUGCAUCUUGCACUUUGGGAACAACAACAAAAUAAAAUAAAGAAGAGAGAUUGAAAUACCGUUUACAAACUUUAAUUGCUAUCGGUCUUUUGCUGCCAUAAUUUCAUUUUGUGCAUAAAGAAGGGUAAUUCAUUUUUAUUUGUUUAAUGGGUGGUCUGGGUUUUAUGUUUUAAAAUAAUGAUCUCAGCAUAUAUUUUUUAGGAGAGUGAAUAGCUUUCUUUCAUUCAGUGUGCAAAAUAAUCACAAUGUGAAUGAUAAAAGUUUUCCUAAAACUCCCCAUCUCCUUUGCUGCUAAUCCACUGUGAUUUUUAUGCAUUUGAAGCACAUUUCAUGUGUUUUCGACCAUAAGUAAAAGUUGACACUUGAUGGGAUAUGUUUUGUCUUUUUCAAACAGCCUGGUUUUGUUUUGUUUUGAAUUUUAAAAAAGUGGAAAAAUUGUGCCAGUAUACAGAAUUUAGAUGUAUGCUGAGAAAGAUUUCCCAGUAUCCUAAUUAAAAAUAUAAAGUUAACUGUGGGCUGGAGGGAAUGUGUGACGCAACAGUUAUGCAACAUAUGUUUUGAAAGCCUCCUUUCUCCUAAACUAGUUUCAAAGAUUGUAUAUAUAUUGUUUUGCGCUUUUUUUGGUUAAUUCUUAACCAUUUUUUUAAGUUUUAAAAACAGCCUUUCAAAACAGACUUGGGAAAAAAAUAUUGCUAGUAUUCUGUAUUUAGACAAAAGUUAAUGUAAAUCAGAAGCCAUUUUUUAAAACUAUUUGAUAUCCCUGUAAAACUGAUUUUGACUAAGCUAUGGUAGCACAUGGUCGGAUAACUGAAAUCUAUCCUUUUUCGGAUAAUUUCAACAUAGUGGGUUCUUUGCCAGUAGGAUUUUAAAAGUUAUUAUUUGACCAGAAGAUCUAAACAUUACCCCAUAUUUCCUGCAAAACUGAGACAUCAUCUAGCCAAAGUUAAGCCAAUUCAAAUUUAAUUAAUUUCAUAGAUGAGUUAUGCACAUGCUUAAAUUUCUCCCAUAGAAAUUGAUGGGAUUAGCAAGUACUUAACUUUGCUAGAUAAUGCCCUUAAAUGUUUUUUUAUUUGCUUAGCAUGCAUUUUCCAUCAUUAUAUUCAUUUCAAUAUGUAAGAUGGGAAGAGAAUAAAUUAAAAUUAUCCCCAAAGUUUCAUUUUUAAAAAACCUUGCAUGUUUUGAAAUUAAGACCGAAUUGAUUACAUUAUGGCGUAAUCCCUAUAGGAAAUAUUCCAGUGCGUUACCAGACUCGUUUCUGCUUAGUCUUAUUCAAAACAAGGAAAAGCAGUUCCAUUUAAUAUGCGAGAUAUGGGAAAAUCCUGCACUAGGUUUUCCAGAGGAAGAUAGAUUUACAUAGUUUACACAAUGGAUCCAAUCCAGAAGUUGGUUCUGUAGAAACCAGCAGGAGAAGUUGCUGCUGGACCUAAAUGUAACUACCUAACUUUGGAUUGGGGCCAUUAAGAUUUGUACUCAUGGGACUGCUUCUGCCGAGCAUUAUAUGGUGGAAAGGAAGUAUUCCUGUUUGCAUUAAGGAAAGAUCUAGUUAAUCAAAAUGUUAGCAAGCAGGAAACUGAGCUCUGAAAUUUCUGGAGAAAAAAAGUAGUAUUUUGGAGGCUAGUUUGUAGGUUACAAAAUUUAUUUUGUGCCAUUUUCAUAUGUCUUGUUUUAGUUUUAUGUUUUUCCUCCUAUCCUCUGAAAGAUAUGGCCAUUAGUAAUUUUCUUUUUCAUCUUCCCAUCUCAAAAAUUUGAAUACGUUUCUGUUUAGUAAAAAAAUAUUAAAGGGUGAUAAAGUUUUGAAAAAUCUUCGUUUCUGGAUAAUUCUCUAUUGCUUGUUCUACCUAGCCUUUUUUGUGCUCUGAAUGAGUUUAUAAUAUUAAAGUACAGUGUUGCUGCAAGGUGCUGCAAUGGUGCCACAUCCUGGGUUGCCUGAAUCGAUAUGCUAAACUUCUAUUUUUUAAAAAAAUAUUUUUAGAUCAUAGUGUUUAAAAAGAAUAUCAGAGGCAAAGCAUGACUUUUGCUGUGGGAGUGAGAGGUGGAAGUGUCUCUCUUGCCCAGUUCAAAUAGGUUCUGAGGUGUGGGGAGUAUUUAGAGAGAUGUAUUCUUAAAUUCCUGAGCAAAGUAUUCAUGUGUGUCACUUAUUGGCUUUGCCAUCCUGAUAUUUAUGCAAAAUCUUCAUUUGGUUUUCUGAUUUUUACCCCCAAAGCAAGACUACAAAUUUUAUACACAAAAGGCACAAUAAUAUAUACUAUGGUACAGUGUUUUGAGUCUGAGGAAGAAAGAAGUAAUCCAUUUUAUACAAUAGGAAGCAUACUUGUUAGCUUAAUACCCUUGUCAUUUGGGGGGUGGGUGCGGGGUAUUUCCCCUUCAAAUGCAAAAAUAAAAUAAAAAUCUGUGUGGUUGGAGUAAAAACGUAUCCUGGAACAAUAAUCUGUAUUAUGGCAAAGGUCAAAAGUAAACAUUAUCCUGGUAUCUAAACUCUAAAUAAUGAUGUUACGAGUUAUGAUGGUAUUACAGUUCCAUAUGAGUUGUAUAUUUAGAUCUCUAAUGUUCCAGUCAUAUUGCUGUUCUGAGACAGCAUGAACUUGCAUUCUGCAUUCCUUCUCAUACUCUCUUCAGUUCAUUUGUAUUAAAAACAGGUUUUCAGAGGUGGUUCUUGCAAUGCUGACCGAUUAGCUUUUCACCGCUUUCCUCUUUGCUCUUGUAGCACAGUUCUACAGGAGCAGCUGAUUUCUUCCACUGUGCAGUUUAGUGGACUUGGGGAAGACAUUGUGUCCCGAUAAAUGGCAACCUAUAGUCAUAUACUCCAUAAAAGUAUUAAAUUGUUAGAUCUGCCUUUGUCCUUCCCGUUGCUAGGCCUUCAUCUCCUAGCAAGCCAACCUCUCAUCAGCUAGAGCAGCAACCACCAAUGCAUACACUUUCCCUCAAACACAUCUGGGCUAAGCAAGUGGUCCAGCUGGAAAAACUGACCAGUAGGAGCAGC